UUGCCCUAACGCCACCGUCCCUUUCCUCCACUUUCCCCAUUUCAGAAAAAAAAAACUCAAAACAAUACAUAUAUAUACAUAUAGAAAAGUCGACCUCACGUUUUUGAAUUCUUUGUCUGUUUUUGUCCAUAUCAUCUCUUCGUUUAAACCCAAGGGUUUCGCUUCAAUCUCUUAUUGCCUUCUCGAGUAGAAGAAGAAGAAGAGGAAGAGGAAGAAGAAGAAGAAGAAGAAGAAGAAGAGCCCAUGUCUUUCAGAGGACUUAGCAGGCCCAAUGCAUCAUCAGGAAUGGGCGUUUCAGAUCACAGCAAGUCCACAUUCCAAGAGCUCCAGAGAAAGAAAGUUCACCGCUUUGUGGUCUUUAAGAUCGAUGAGAAGAAAAAGGAGGUUGUUGUGGAGAAAACCGGCCGUCCCGCUGAGAGUUAUGAUGAUUUCCUCGCUUCUUUGCCCGAGAACGAUUGCAGAUAUGCUGUUUAUGACUUUGAUUUCGUGACCUCUGAGAAUUGCCGGAAGAGCAAGAUCUUCUUCGUUGCCUGGUGUCCCUCGACGUCUCGUAUAAGGGCAAAGGUGAUAUAUGCAACCUCCAAAGACCGGUUCAGACGGGAGCUGGAAGGCAUUCACUACGAGAUCCAAGCCACUGACCCUACCGAGGUGGAGCUAGAGGUUUUACGUGACCGUGCCAACUGAAAGCUUGACAACAGAGCAAAAUGAUAUCCUGAUGAUGAUGAUGAUGAUGUAAUUGAGUAACCAACCAGCCAUUGGAGCGGCGAUGAAUGUAAUGCUGUUCCAAUUUUGGUCUGAAAAAUUACGAGAGGUUCAUCAAAUGUUUGUUCAUGGGAACCGAAAUAUGAUGCUAAACAUUGUAUUUGAGACAUAACAUCAAAUAUCUUGAACUAGUUCUGUCA